GUCACGGCCAGGUGGCAUUCCUCGGCUGGAGGGGGCGCGGCGUCAUCACGGAGCCCAGCUCGCGCGCAUGCGCAUAGAAGGCAGCCCUGCCUGACCGAACCUGCGCGACCCCGUGAUUGCGCGCUCCGGGCGGGCUGCGGCUUGCAGAGAAGCGAGAGAAGAGACGGAGGCAGAGCACGGCGGGAGCGGAGAGCACAGGCAGCAGCACCGGAGCAGCGGCAGCCGCCACACAACGAGCCCGAGCACAGCCCGUGCAUGCCCGCCUCCUCCCAGCAUGUCAGCCGCGCAGGUGUCCUCGUCACGUCGGCAGUCAUGUUACCUGUGUGACCUGCCCCGGAUGCCAUGGGCCAUGAUCUGGGACUUCACCGAGCCGGUGUGUCGAGGCUGCGUCAACUACGAGGGUGCUGACCGCAUUGAGUUUGUCAUCGACACUGCACGACAGCUGAAGCGUAGCCAUGGUUUCCAAGAUGGACGUUCACCGGGGCCACAGGGGCCCGGAUCCGGCGGAGCCGCCAAGCAGCACCCUGCCGUGCAGGCCGCUCUGACCGCUAAGGACACGGCACAGCUCAAUCACCUGGAUGGGGCAUCAAAGGCAGCAGCCGCCUCUGGGCUCGACAGGUACGGUCUGACCACUGACCGCGGACGCUUUGAAUAUACUCUGGCUGCUGCCGCACGUCUUCCCAACGGCCUUAAUGGGUUCCCCAAACCGGGAGAGGAUGGGCCCCCGGAGCUGAACCGCCAGAGCCCCAACUCUCGAGGCCGCACCAGUCACGGACUGAUCCCACAGCUGGGGCCCGGACAGCUGAGCGUGCCCCCCAACCUGCUCCCACAGACCCUGCUGAAUGGCCCCCCCACUGCAUCCUCUUCAGGGGCCCCCCAUGUUCUCGGCAGGGGCCCCGGUGGCUCCAGUGGCCUUAAUGUCCCACCACCCCCCACAGCCACCUCUUCAGGUGACCCCAAGCGCCCUGGUUCUGUGUCCAGUACCGAUCAAGAGCGAGAACUGAAGGAAAAGCAACGCAACAGUGAGGCGCUGUCCGAACUGACGGAGAGCCUGCGGAGCCGGGCCGAGGAGUGGGCAGGCAAGCCCAAGUCUGUGCGGGAUGCCCUGCUCACACUGUCCGCCUGCACGCCCUUCGAUGUCCGCUUCAAGAAAGACCAUUCUCUGCUGGGACGAGUCUUUGCAUUCGAUGCCACCUCCAAGCCGGGCCUCCUGGACUACGAGCUUAAGCUGUUUGUGGAGUACCCCAGCGGAUCACUCAACAUCUUCAGCUCGGCAUCGGGGGUGGCAAAGCAGAUGUACCAGGACUGCAUGAAAGACUUUGGCCGUGGCCUUUCGUCUGGAUUUAAGUACCUGGAGUAUGAGAAGAAGCAUGGAUCCGGGGACUGGCGUCUGCUGGGGGACUUACUGCCGGAGUCAGUGCGCUUCUUUAAGGAGAUGGUCGGAGCGGACAUGCUGCCACAACCCUAUCUUGACCCUGGUUGCCCCAUGCUGCCCAGCGCACUGGUUAACCUGCCUCGUGCCCUGGCCGCUGCUGCCGCAGCCGCAUCCUCCUCUGCAGGGGCCAGCAGUCAGGCUCGAGGUGGAGUGAGGAAACGUAAGGCCUCUCCUGAACCAGACUCUGCUGAUGGACAGGUGUGGAUCGGUCAGCCAGAUGCUAUAAAACUGGGCCUGUCAUCUGCUGGGGGCACUCCAUCCUCCUCAUCUUCAGCAGCAUCUUAUGGAGGUCCUGCUCCACCACCUCCACCCCUCGGUCCCGGGCACCCACAGAGAACCACCCCACCUGAGAGUGCUCCACCAAAUGGCCCCUCACCCAUGGCCGCACUGCAGUCUGUCACAGACACUCUGGGUACGGCCCAUUCUCCCAAGGACGGUCAGACUGGUGGGGGGCCUCCGGUGCACUCUACCACCCCAUCUGCUCGCAGGAAUAGUAGCAGCCCCGUGUCUCCGGCUUCAGUGCCCGGGACGAGACGACUGAAUUCUCGUAAUGGUGCCGGCUCUGGGGAGCUCAACCUUCAAGUGGCACCUGCCGGUGGAGCACCUCACCCAGGAAUGGACCAAGUGCACCCCCAGAACAUUCCUGACUCCCCAAUGGCCAACAGUGGCCCUCUCUGUUGCACCAUCUGCCAUGAACGUCUGGAGGACACACACUUUGUCCAGUGCCCGUCUGUUCCCAGCCACAAGUUCUGUUUCCCCUGCUCUCGAGAAAGCAUCAAGGCCCAGGGGGCAACGGGUGAGGUCUACUGUCCCAGUGGAGAGAAAUGCCCCCUGGUGGGAUCUAAUGUUCCCUGGGCUUUCAUGCAGGGGGAGAUUGCCACAAUCCUUGCGGGAGAUGUAAAGGUGAAAAAGGAGAGAGACCCAUAGUAGCGGUGGAUAUCAAGUGACCCAUGUGUGAACAGAGCCCAUCCCCCACCUGUAACCUGCUGAGCAAGGACAGGCGUCUGCUAUGGUGGGGAUUUGGGCUUCUGGACCUUGUACAUUUUGCAUCUACUUCACUCGAUCCCAUUGUGCCCUGGACCUGACCACGUGAGACCAUGUAACAUCCACAGGUCUGGGGCUCUGGGAAUUGGAGCUGUGAUCUGGGACAGUUUCUACUCUUCUCUUCAUCUUUUUGGGGAUAAUGUGCUGGAGUUUCUUAUCAUGAAAAAACAUUAAAAAAAAAAAUAAAUAAAAAAAUCCUAAAUGUAAAAAAAAUAAAAUAAAAAAAAAAUUCCCGCUGCCAGCCCUCCCUGCCGGGCCAGAACUUGGAUUGUGGAACAGAGGGGCCCCAGGGCAGCGGCAGGAAGGAGAUGUAUAAAGCUUUGCGGCCCCCCUGGACUGCCAUGCCGCGGCCACGCUGACUCAGUCUUAUGUACAGAUCUUAUUUUUGUGUUUGGAGGUUUUAGGCACUUGUUGUGUUCACUUCAUGUGAGGACGGCUCGUGUGCGGGGUCAUAUUGUCCUUCUCUCCUGUCCCCCCACCAUUUAUGUUGUUGUUUUUUUUUCUAUUUUUACAGCUUUUGUGGCGAUUGUGUCCACUAGGUAAUGGUUAUAGCACUUAGCAAUGCUGCUGGUGUGUAAGUUCUCGUCCAUGUUCGCACUUGCCCUGGGGGGAGGGGGUUGAUCUACAGAGUAUAUACAUAUAUAUAUAUUUGUCCGGGGUGGGAGGGGGGGGGGACAGGGAUCAUCCCCCAAACACUACGGAGGGCAUAUAAUCCUGGUGUCCGCAAUUCUGAUUGGUAUUAACCCAUGGAGUGCCGGCAGUCAGCGCGCGCUCCAGGCCAGUACGGGGUUCCAUAUUUCUUUAUAUAGAUGACUAUAAAUAUAUAUAUAUUUUUCUUUUUGCACGGAUGCUUCGAAGCUGUAGAGCAAUUUGCCGUCUGUACAUUUGGGGUGGGAGAACCUUUUUCUUUGUCCAGAAUACAUUUCUGUAGUACGACAGACCACUGUUAUGUGCCUUGGAGCUGAUGACAUUGUAAUAAAUCUGAUUCAUAUUAUUGCUUUUUGGAGACAUUGGUGUUUUUCUUAGUGUGAUGUGUCUGGAUGGCUGCGUACCAUCACACUCA